UUUGCAUAGAAUCCGUCCGUCAAAAUAACCAAAACAGAACACAACAGAAAAAACUUAGACGCGCAUAUAUUCCUUGAUUCUCUCUCACACUGCAACAAAACUCCACGCACCCUCAAAUUCCCGAACCCCCCAUUAGAUUCUCAACCAAAACCCUUCCACACCCCCUCACUCCCUCCACCUCAACCAUGGCGUCCUUCGAAACAGAGACGCCCCUCCCCACCUCCAAAUCCCUUAAACAAUUAGAGGCCGAAGAGAUCGUCGUCGGAGAAGACGAAGUCUCCCCCAUCGAGCAGGUCCAGCUGACGGUGCUCAACACCGACGACCCUUCGCUCCCCGUGUGGACCUUCCGGAUGUGGUUCCUGGGGGUCAUCUCCUGCGCCCUCCUCUCCUUCCUCAACUCCUUCUUCGCCUACCGGACGGAGCCCCUCGUCGUGUCCAUGAUCUCCGUGCAGGUGGCCACGCUGCCCAUCGGCCGUUUCAUGGCGCAGGUGCUGCCCAUGACUAAGUUCCGCCUGCCUGGGUUCGGGUCCCGAGAGUUCUCGCUGAACCCGGGUCCGUUUAACAUUAAGGAGCACGUGCUCAUCUCCAUUUUCGCCAAUGCCGGAUCCGCCUUCGGAGGCGGCACCGCCUACGCCGUCGGUAUCGUGGAUAUCAUCAAGGCCUUCUACCGCCGCAAGAUCUCCUUCUUGGCCGGCUGGAUUCUCGUCAUCACAACACAGGUUUUGGGAUACGGUUGGGCGGGGAUUCUGAGGAAGUACGUGGUGGAUCCGGCGCACAUGUGGUGGCCCGGCACCCUGGUUCAGGUCUCGCUCUUCAGGGCCCUGCACGAGAAAGACGACAGGAAAGUGGAGAAGAGGCUGUCGCGAGGGAAAUUCUUCUUGAUAGCGCUGAUUUGCAGCUUCUCCUGGUACGUCUUCCCGGGCUACCUCUUCCCCACCCUCUCCACCAUCUCCUUCAUCUGCCUCGCCUUCCCCAAGUCUGUCACCGCCCAGCAGAUCGGCUCCGGCAUGGAGGGCCUCGGCAUCGCUUCCUUCACCUUUGACUGGUCCGUCGUCGCCUCCUUCCUUGGCAGCCCCCUCAUCACCCCGUUCUUCGCCAUCGUCAACGUCCUCACCGGCUACUUCCUCGUCAUGUACGUCGCCACCCCCCUCGCCUACUGGGGCUUCAACCUCUACCAAGCACGCCGCUUCCCCUUCUUCUCCUCCCACCUCUUCGACUCCAGCGGCCAGACCUACGACGUCUCCGCCAUCGUCAACGAUAACUUCGAGAUCGACAUGCCCGCGUACCAGCGCCAUGGUCGCAUAAACCUCAGCGUCUUCUUCGCUCUCACCUACGGCCUCGGCUUCGCCGCCGUCGUGUCCACUCUUACCCACGUCGCUCUGUUCAACGGCAAGGAGAUUUACCAGCAGUUCAGAGCUUCCUACGGCGGCGGGAAGAUGGACAUUCACACCAAGUUAAUGAAGAAAUACAGGGACAUACCCAGAUGGUGGUUUCACGUUCUGCUUCUGCUUUCCAUUGUUCUGUCUCUGGUGCUCUGCAUCUUCAUGAACGAUCAGGUCCAAAUGCCCUGGUGGGCCCUCAUAUUUGCUGCUUCUCUUGCCUUCAUUUUCACUCUGCCCAUCAGCAUUAUCACUGCCACCACUAAUCAGACGCCAGGACUAAACAUCAUCACCGAGUACCUCAUGGGUGUGAUUUUACCAGGAAGACCAAUAGCCAAUGUCUGCUUCAAGACAUACGGGUACAUAAGCAUGUCACAAGCCGUCUCAUUUCUAAGCGACUUCAAGCUGGGCCAUUACAUGAAAAUUCCCCCAAGAUCAAUGUUCGUUGUUCAGUUCAUCGGAACAAUUAUAGCCGGAACAGUGAACAUGGCAGUGGCCUGGUGGCUCCUCACAACCAUUGAGAACAUCUGCCAGGACAAGGUUCUCCCUCCCAACAGCCCUUGGACGUGCCCGAGCGACCGCGUCUUCUACGAUGCUUCCGUCAUAUGGGGUUUGGUUGGACCCAAACGCAUCUUUGGCUCUAUGGGGAACUACUCAGCCCUCAACUGGUUCUUCCUAGGGGGCGCCUUGGGCCCUGUUCUGGUAUGGCUGCUGCACAAGGCAUUCCCCUCCCAAGAAUGGAUCCGGCUUAUCAACCUCCCGGUGCUCCUCGGAGCGUCGGGCUAUAUGCCACCAGCCACCUCUAUCAACUUCAACUCUUGGAUAGUGCUCGGAAUAAUCUUCAACUUCUUUGUGUUUCGGUACAAGAAGCGGUGGUGGCAGAGGUACAAUUAUGUGCUUUCGGCGGCCAUGGAUGCAGGAUUGGCCUUCAUGGGCGUGCUGCUGUACUUCUCUUUGACAAUGGAAAACAAGAGCAUAACCUGGUGGGGUGCGGACGGAGAGCACUGUGACCUGGCUUAUUGCCCAACAGCCAAGGGUAUAGCCGUUGAUGAUUGCCCCGUGUUCUAAGUUCUAAUGAAUAUUCUCAGUCUCAUUUGAUCUGGUGCAUUGAUUCAAUCAAUCUUCCUCGGGGCCCAAACAGAGCAGGAAAGGCAAAUUUGGGCGUGAAGUACCGUAAGGGGGCGUUUGUGAUAUAGAUUGCAAAUGUGUAUACAAAACAUCUCUUAGUUACAUGUCCUGAUAAGUGCAGAGUGAGAAUUGAUGAACAUGAAUUAUUAUGAAUCAUUGGUACAAUUUAUUCCCCAUAAUUUGAUUUUGAUUUUGGUUCUUUGAA